AUGGUUAUUAGAUAGAUAGAGUCGCCAUAUUGCAAAAAAAAAAAAACUCAAAGAGACAAAUCUCUCGAUGGCGAUGAUUACACGCAACACCGCCACGCGCCUCCCUCUCCUCCUCCAAUCUCAACGCGCAGCCGCCGCCGCUUCGGUUUCUCACCUCCACACAUCUCUUCCAUCUCUCUCCCCUUCCGCAUCACCGACUUCCUACACCAGACCUGGUCCUCCUUCCACCACCGCUCCUCCUCCUGGUCUUUCCAAGGCGGCGGAAUUUGUGAUCUCCAAGGUUGAUGAUCUCAUGAACUUUGCUCGUACGGGAUCGCUCUGGCCUAUGACCUUUGGUCUCGCUUGCUGCGCUGUCGAAAUGAUGCAUACCGGUGCUGCUCGUUACGAUCUCGAUCGAUUUGGUAUCAUCUUCAGGCCUAGUCCUCGUCAGUCUGAUUGUAUGAUUGUUGCUGGGACUCUUACCAAUAAGAUGGCUCCGGCUCUUCGCAAGNAGUCAAGCGACACAUAA